AUGAAGCCCUCUUUUGAUAUUCACGAAAAGGAGAGACAGCCGCACCCGGCAGAGAGGCGACGGCGGCGGCGGCUCACUCCGAGGGUGCGCGUCAUCGUCGUGUUCCUCGCCGCCGUCUAUGCCCUGUAUUGCUACUUCAUCUCCAAGCCGCUCCUUGCGCACCCGCUUCCCCAGCACACGGGUCCGUAUGCCGUCGGGGACAUCACCAUCCCCGCCGCCGUGGACGCUCCCCUGACCGAUCAGGCCAUCCCGACUUCGCAGGACGGAGGAGAGGGCGCGAGCGAGCGGGAGCGGGGGAGCCCGCCGGGCGGCGAGGAUGGUCGUCCCGGCCCCGACCCCGAGGGCGGUUUUCCCGUCAUCAUCUUCUCGCACGGCACCGUGUCCUCCCGGACGGAUUACUCACACUUCGCGGGCGAGCUGGCGGCGCGCGGCCACGUGGUCGUUAUGAUGGAGCACCGCGAAGGUUCGUGCCUGGGCAAGCCCGGCCAGGGAGGAGGGAGUGACAAGGGUUUUGUCGAGGACCUGAGGCAGGGCGGACGGGCCGAUUGGAGGCGGUAUUACUGGAAGAUUCACGUCUUGCCUGCGGGGAGCGUGGGCGAAAAGCAGUAA